AGCCUGGAUUAGGGACGCCCUGCCUGUCGUGCCUUCUGUAAAGUCGUAUCCACGGAACAAUACGUGACGCAACUGUUGUGUGCGUGGAGUGAAUACCCUGAGAUCUACUCAAGACACAGCACUAGGCCUACGAUCCGCUCAACUCCCUCAGACGUAGGAAGGGCCCUAUUUGAGACCUGCCGAUAUAGCUGGCGUCCAAAAAUCUCGCGGGAAAUUCCCAUCCGUCAUUUAUCCAGCUACUACAGCAGUCAAACGACAACGGCGGCGUGUCAUCUUACAUCUCCACGCAAAAACAUGCUGAAAUUUCUCACUCUCAAAUUCAGAAAUCAGUCUUUGAACGAAGUCAGACCCUUUGAGCCUCAGGGAUUCUUGCGACAGGACACAGAAAUCCAAAAUGUGGAGAAAGGCGACGAAGAGGAUGAAGAAAUACUUAGCAUCAACGAUGAAGUGUCCACGAACAAUAACAACAACAAUGAAGAAAGUGCCGAGGAUUUGGACUCAACGAAGCAAACUGCAUGCAUUGAACGCGAGGACUCAUCAGAUCAAGAAAAUCAACCCCCAUUUCAACUGAAUGAUGGACUAAACAACGUUUUAUCAAAUGAUUUUUUGCCCAUUCAGGGUAUGGACAUUCCUAAUACUACGGUAAGCGACUGCGCAAGUUUUGCUGCGGAAAAACGCAAGUGGUCGCAAAUGAACUCAAAGUUUCUACACCAACUUCAAUCGGGAACGGACAGCUCAUCUGAUGAUGAAAUCAAGGAAUUAUGUUCAAGAAGACCUAGUCAUUUCUCUAGUUCAAGCCCUCCGGGUAAAGUGACCGUACUAUCAAAGCAUUCGGCAUUCUGCGCUAGGAUAAGACCGACCGAAGGGUACGGUCACGGACACACGCGUAAAAAACACCGUGUUAUCAUCUGCGAGGAAAGACCUUGGCUGAACUUUGAGAAAAUGCAGCAGAAAACCUUAUCCAAAAAGUAUAGCCACACAGCUUCCAGACCACGGGUUGUAAGAAUAAGGAACAUAUCCCACGCUUCUACCAAUCUAAGGCCGGUAUUUAAUUGUGAUCCGGCUAUACGGUCCUUCAGACCAAUACCUCUCAAUGCAGCAUUCAACCUUGCACCAGUGGAGGAACCUGGUUGUGCAUUUUAAGUUUACAUAGCAUUGUUAUCCCAUAUCUUAUCCAAGGCCAUCCACAGGACUAUUUCAAUGGCCAGAUGGUGACAGAUAUCAUUUAUUUAUUAUUAUAAGUUUACAUCCAUGUUCCUUGUUCCUCAUUUUAGUCCACAUUGGAUUAAUGAUAGUUUAGUAUUAUUUGCUAUAAUACAUUCUCUCUGGAGUUUAUGAUGGAGUUGUUUUUCUGGGAAGUGGGACUAUUCACUCUGAGAGAUUUUUUUCUUAUUUUAUCCCAAACUGAGUAGUGAUUGGUUUCAAUUUAAUAGAGAAACAACUCUGUUAUGGUGUGGUAGCGUGUGAAGUGUGUGGUGUCUGUAUUUGCACAUUAUUGUGAUCCACUUUACGAAGAAGGCUUAAAGCUCAUGCAAAUUUCACUGUGUAUGUAAAUAACACCCAAUAUCUCAAGUUAAGACUACAGUAGCUACUGUGACCAUUGCAUGCUACAAAAGCAUUAUUUUUUAGUGCUAUCAAAUUGGCAUCACAUUGCUUGUUGACAGAGAGCAAAAAUUUGAAUGCAUUCUUUGAAGUGAUGAUAUUAUGACUAUAGGAAGGUAUUGUUUAAAGUGCAAAGUUUUGAUCUACAGUAUAUCUAGUUAACCAAAAAGUUAUCCAGAUACCAUAAGGCUGAUUGCAGAACAAGUUACAAAUUCCCAUGCUUUUUCAUGCUGAUUCAUACUGUUCCAUGGUUUGUAUUACAAAUUCCUAAUGACUAAUUGGGCUUUUAACAAGAGAAAAACUCUGUCAGGUUAUAUUCAGAAGUGGUUUCAUUUAAAGGUAUUUGGACAAGCUGUGAACUAGGGAAUAACACCUGAAUUUGGUUAGACUAUUAUUCAACUUAGCUAACAGUAGAGUGAAGCUGGCUUCUCCAUCCCUAUAGAUUAGGGAACUAGUUUGCUAAGUUGAAUUAGUUUUCUUUGCUUUCAUUUUUCCAUAACAGCUGGAUGCAUAUCUUUCAACUCUCCCCCAUUAGGCAAGAGUCUCAAGAUUUUGAACCAUUUCUCAAACCUUAUUUUCUUGAAAAUAUCCUUACAUUUACUGUAUUUUUCCGCAUUAGCAAUCUCAUACUUCAAAUACAUUUACUUUAUUUUCUCAAGAUUUUUCCUAAAGCAAGGUUGACAGUAUCCUGCGUCGACAGCCCAACUUUACCCCAGACUUUUCCAGGGGAAAGUUUGGCAGUCAACACAGGCUAGGUUGACAGCUAUGUGGAUGCUUACAUUAUGCAGUCCAAUAAGUGUGUCACUAUUUGUGGUCAGGGAUUUGUUUGAUUUUUCUCUAUUUUAUUGAUAAUCUUGAUUAUUACAACAAUAACUAGUUUUUUUCUGUUUUUGUUUAUUUUAUAACUCAUUUAUUUAGGUUUGUAAAGUGACCAUGUUAUUCUUACGAGUGUACUGUAGCAAAUUAAGUGGCUAUCUUGUAUCCUCAAAACUAAGGAACUUUUUUACACAAUAUGUAUUAAAAUACUCUAAAUUUAAUUACAAAAUGAAAAUUUUACAGAUUCAAAAUUUGAAACCUCCUUUCAGCCACUUGGUUUGCAAAAGUUUGUUGAGAUACAAAAUAAUAUUUAUCUACAUAUAUUUAUAUAUAACUAUUUUGUACAUAUAUUUUAUAAUGAAAAGAGUGAAAGCAUGGGUUUAAGAGGAAGAAGCAGGCAGCAGAGUAUUGAUGACACAAGGCUGAGUUGUUUAUUUUGGGAGACUGCAGUAUGUUUGUGUGUUUUUUCAGUUCUCCUUAUACAAAAAUUUAGUUUGCCUUUGAACAAUAAAAGACUCUGUUUACUAUG